GUUAUGCUUCUGAAUAGUUUGUAAUUGACUCCUUUGUGAUGCGUGGAUGUGACGCAGCACAUGAUGAGACGAGACGGAGAAUCAUAAAAAGCGGCAGCAGCAGCAGCGUGACCGUGUUGAAACGACGACCUGUCACGCACAGAAGGAGGAAGUGAUCCUCCCACUUUAUUGUUGUUGCAGAGACGGCGUCGCAGUGAAUCUCCAGCCUGUGUUCAUGUCGUUUCUAAAGUUGGGGGCUUAAAAAGGCCGCAGCAGCCGCGCAUGUCUUCGCACUGGGACGAAUUUGGACAUUAACGUGGAGCGGCGUCGGGAGCGUCAUGGAGAACCCAGACGGCCCUGAUACGAACAAGUGGGUGGAGAAGGUGAAGGCGCUGAAGCACUUUCCUCCCUAUGGCUCCAUGGAUGGAAACGCAUCGGGAGAAACCUGCCCCACGUGUCGCGGCACCGGUCGGAUUCCCAGAGGACAAGAGGAGCAGCUGGUGGCCGUGAUCCCGUGCAACGACGUGAGGCUGAGGCCCAGACGCACGAAGCUGUACAUGUGCGUCUCGAUGGGCGCGUGCCUCUUCAUCUGCUGCCUCAUCCUCUACUUCCUCUUCCCUCGGAGCGUCACGCUGUUGCCCGUGUCCGUGCAGUCGGUCAUGGUCUACUUCACCCCGGAGAAUGUGGAAAUGGAGGUCAAGAAUCUCAUGAACGUCACCAACCACAACUUCGUCCACGUUCAGCUGGUGGAGUUCGACAUCCAGGGCCUGAUCGAUGACGUGGUCGUGGGCAAAAACAAGGUGGUGAACCUGACGUCCGUCCCGUGGCGCUCGCAGAAGUCGUACACGAUCCCAAUCACCCUGGUCAUCGUGGACGAAGGCAUAAGGAGUUACUGCCAGUCGGCGCUGAUCCACGUUCACACGCUCCUGCUUCAGCUACAGAUGACCAUGAACAUCUCCUACCUCUCCCACACGGAGCAGGUGUCUGUGGACUCCUUCGAGUACGUCGACUGCGGCUCCAACUCGACCACUCCUCACCCCGUGGCGGCGUGAACGUGUGAAUGACGCCCGAGGCGCUUCUGGUUUUAUUCUGUGUUUUAUCGGACUUCAGCGCCGAUCACUACAGGGAUGAGUGGAGAUUCUUACACAUGAACAGUGUUUCUAAUCUCAAUGGUUUUGAAUUACAUCAUUACACAUGAUGAAAAUGGCACUCUGACGUUUGAUGGUUUUGCCUUUUUUUUAUUUGCACUUUAUUAAACGUUGUAUGUUUAUUUUGACACUCAACCAGUAAUAAAUACUUUAAUCAAGUAUAACCUCAUUCAGUGACCUCAUCAACUCACAAUAAAAACACUUCGGAAAGAA